AGUAGUGAGCAUAAUGCAAGUCAAAUAAAAAUUAGUAGUCAUGAUGCGACUUAUAUAUAUAACAUGACACUAAAACCGUAAUUUCGUCCACUCAUUUCUCAUCAUACCCCGCUUCAUUUUCUCAAUAAUUUUGAAAUAUCGUUAAAUAAUACAUACAAACACAGAAAGAAAAAAAAUAAUACAACUUCUUCCAUUUCGAUUUUGUGUAUUAUUAUCAGGUCCUCUUUCUAGUUCUUUCCUUUGUUCAGCAGCUCUGAAUUAAUAAAAAAAAAAACAGAAACAUAAUCGAUCAAACGGACGAAAGAUGUCUUCCAUAGUAAAAGGAAUGAUCAUAAGAAACACACCAGAUUUGUGCAGCAACAAUAAUAGGCUUUUGAAUGGAGUUGGUAGUUGUGGAAGAAGGAGCACAAGGGUGCAGUGGAAGGAUUUGCAGUUAAGGCUUAGAUCAUCAACAUGGAAAGGAAGAAGAACAACAACAUAUCAGCUUCCGAUUCGAGGCCAAGCUAUUCUUACCCCAACAACACCACCAACCACUAGAAAGCGGGUGUUCACUUUUGGCAAAGGUAAAAGUGAAGGAAACAAGGCCAUGAAGUCCUUGUUAGGAGGAAAGGGAGCUAACUUAGCAGAAAUGGCAACAAUUGGUUUAUCAGUGCCCCCUGGACUCACCAUUUCAACAGAAGCAUGUCAAGAAUACCAAGAGAAUGUAAAGAACCUACCAACUGGUUUGUGGGAGGAAAUACUUGAAGGCCUUAAUUUUGUUGAAAAUGAAAUGGGAGCUUUUCUUGGGAAUCCUUCAAAACCUCUCUUACUUUCUGUGCGCUCUGGUGCCGCGAUUUCUAUGCCUGGAAUGAUGGACACAGUUCUUAAUCUUGGAUUGAAUGAUGAAGUGGUUGCUGGGUUGGCUUCAAAAAGUGGAGAGCGGUUUGCUUAUGAUUCUUAUAGACGUUUCUUAGACAUGUUUGGAGGUGUUGUAUUGGACAUUCCACAUUCAUUGUUUGAGGAGAAGUUGGAGAAGCUAAAGUAUUCAAAAGGUGUUAAACAUGACACUGAUCUAACAGCCAAUGAUCUCAAAGAUCUGGUUGAGCAGUACAAGAAUGUCUACAUUGAAGCUAAGGGAGAAAAGUUUCCCACAGAUCCAAAGAAGCAACUAGAAUUAGCUGUUAAAGCUGUUUUCAAUUCUUGGGAUAGUCCGAGGGCUAAUAAGUAUAGGAGCAUUAAUCAGAUAACUGGACUAAUAGGCACUGCCGUAAACAUUCAAUCCAUGGUGUUUGGUAAUAUGGGAAAUACUUCAGGAACUGGCGUUUUAUUCACUAGAAAUCCAAGCACCGGGGAAAAGAAACUUUAUGGGGAGUUUCUCAUUAAUGCUCAGGGAGAGGAUGUAGUUGCUGGAAUCAGGACACCUGAAGAUUUAGAGACCAUGAAAACUUGCAUGCCAGAUGCAUAUGAGGAACUUGUGGAGAAUUGUAAGAUUCUAGAGAAUCAUUACAAGGAUAUGAUGGAUAUCGAGUUCACUGUUCAGGAAAAUAGAUUAUGGAUGUUGCAAUGUCGAAGUGGAAAACGUACUGGUAAAGGUGCAAUCAAAAUCGCUGUAGAUAUGGUCAAUGAGGGGCUUGUUGAUACUCGUUCUGCAAUCAAAAUGGUAGAGCCACAACAUCUUGAUCAGCUCCUACACCCACAGUUUGAGGAUCCUUCUAAGUACAAGGACAAAGUGAUUGCCACUGGCCUUCCUGCAUCCCCUGGAGCUGCAGUUGGGCAGGUUGUGUUCACUGCUGAAGAUGCCGAAGAAUCACAUGCACAAGGAAAGAGUGUAAUUUUGGUAAGGACAGAGACAAGUCCAGAGGAUGUUGGUGGCAUGCAUUCAGCUGUUGGCAUCUUGACAGCAAGAGGUGGUAUGACAUCUCAUGCUGCUGUUGUAGCCCGUGGAUGGGGAAAGUGUUGUGUGUCUGGUUGCUCUGAUAUCCAAGUAAACGACCAUGAAAAGGUGGUUGUAAUUGGGGAUAAUGUAAUAUCAGAAGGAGAAUGGAUCUCGUUAAAUGGAUCCACAGGUGAGGUGAUACUAGGAAAACAAGCACUUUCUCCUCCGGCUCUAAGCGAUGAUUUGGAAAUUUUCAUGUCUUGGGCUGAUGAAAUAAGGAAUCUGAAGGUUUUGGCAAAUGCUGACACACCUGAAGAUGCAAUAACAGCUAGAAAAAAUGGUGCACAAGGAAUUGGACUUUGCAGGACAGAACACAUGUUUUUUGCUUCAGAUGAAAGGAUAAAGGCUGUGAGAAUGAUGAUAAUGGCCGUUACGCAAGAACAAAGGAAAGCUGCACUUGAUUUGUUGUUACCUUAUCAAAGAUCAGAUUUUGAAGGAAUAUUUCGAGCAAUGGAUGGUCUCCCAGUAACAAUCCGGUUGUUAGAUCCUCCACUUCAUGAAUUUCUUCCUGAAGGUGACUUGGACCAAAUUGUCAGUGAACUAACUUCUCAGACAGGCAUGAAAGAAGAAGAAAUAUUCUCUAGGAUAGAAAAACUCUCUGAAGUUAAUCCCAUGCUUGGUUUUCGCGGCUGCAGGUUAGGAAUAUCAUAUCCAGAAUUGACUGAGAUGCAGGCUCGUGCCGUCUUCCAAGCUGCGGUUUCAGUGAGUAGCCAUGGUAUUACUGUUCUUCCAGAGAUAAUGGUUCCACUUGUCGGUACACCUCAGGAAUUAAGACAUCAAGUGAGUUUAAUAAGGAACGUUGCUGAGAAAGUGUUCUCUGAGAUGGGCACUUCUUUAAGCUACAAGGUUGGAACUAUGAUUGAAGUUCCAAGAGCUGCACUAAUUGCAGAUGAGAUUGCAAAUGAAGCUGAGUUCUUUUCAUUCGGAACCAAUGAUCUUACCCAAAUGACAUUUGGCUACAGUAGAGAUGAUGUUGGCAAAUUUCUUCCUAUUUACCUAGCUGCUGGGAUUUUGCAGCAUGACCCAUUUGAGGUACUUGACCAGAAAGGUGUGGGUCAACUAAUCAAAAUAUGCACAGAAAAAGGCCGUGCUGCUAAACCAAACUUAAAGAUUGGAAUAUGUGGGGAGCAUGGUGGGGAGCCUUCUUCUGUUGCAUUCUUUGCUCAACUUGGACUUGAUUAUGUCUCGUGUUCGCCAUUCAGGGUUCCAAUUGCUAGGCUUGCAGCAGCUCAAGUUGCAGCGUAAGGAACAGUUAUUAGACUGUGUCCUGUGAAGGGUACAACCCAUUACACCUGCAAAUAGUUGUGAUUUAUCAUUUAUUAAACCAUAUCAUAAAUAAAAAUAAAAUGAAGACUUAUAUAAGGUCAGAUAAAACAAAAAUACUAACAUACUUAUAGAAGAUAAGGCAAAGGGAUAUUAAUCUAAGAACCUUUGCUUAUAAAAUAAAAUAGAGAAAACAUUGUGUAAAUAUAUAUUCAUACAACAUUUCUCUUAUAAUUUUUUUUUUUUUUCACAUUAAGUUUCUUUUAUAAUUUGAUUGCAUACCUUGUCUUAGUGUAUUUGAUGUAUAAGACAUUGGUGUGGACAUAUAUAUAGGUAUAUCUUUCAUUCUGUAAAAUGAUUGUACAUGUUUUAUUGGAUGACUAAUAAAAUCUUUGAAAUAUUCUUCCA